GCAUUGAAAAAUAAAAAAUUAUUUAAAAUUUUGAGUAACUACGAAAGAAGAGCGAACGGUGCAAUUGCAGAAGUUUCAGAUCAACAACGCCGCCGUCGCCGCUGCCAUUGUCCAUCAUCAUAUUUCUCUUCUUCCGUUGUCACCGCCACAGAUAGGUAGGAGGAAGAAGCCAAAAAAUGCCUCCUUAUGAUUGCAUGCUUCUAUUCAAGCCACAUGUUAAAAAAGAAGCCCUAAUUGGUUUAGUUGCAAGGAUUGGAAAACACAUAUGUAGAAGAAAUGGGGUUGUCACUGAGGUUAAGAGUUUUGGAACAAUUCAGUUGGGCUAUGGUGUCAAAAAGCUUGAUGGCAGAUUUUUUCAGGGUCAACUGAUGCAAGUGAGCAUGAUGGCUACACCAGAAAUCAACAAAGAGCUGCAUUACCUAAACAAGGAAGACAAACUACUGCGUUGGCUUCUGGUUAAGCAGCGUGACACAAAGUUUGGGCUUGAGUUCAUGGGAGAUGAAGGUAGAUUAGAGCCAAGCAGAUUCUCUCAAAUAAAUAAACCUGAUGACGACGAUGAUGAGGAUGAAGACGAUGAAGAAUAUGAAGUGAACGAAGACGAAAACAGAGUGAACUAAAAGUUGGUUGUAUUUUGUUUGUUUCCGUUAGGAGAAAGAUAAAACCGUUGUGCAUAUGAGGUGCCAAACAUAUGCUUAUUAACAGUGCUACAUAACAAUCAGACAUGAUCAAUGGCUUAGAAGAUUUUGAUUAGUAAACAGCAUGUUGUCUCUAGAUUUUAGGCAAUAAUUUUGUGUAAGUUGGUGAAGUAAUUUAUUUACAAACGUGUUGUUGAACACUUGUGCUGUGUAAAUGUCGAAAAUCCCGGGAUUUUGAAUUUGAUUUUUGCCGAUAAAUGGCCAACAAUGUAUUUUGGCUCAUAGAACCCACCACUUAUAUCAUGUCUUUCUUUUCAAAAUUUGGAUUUUUGGUCA